UCUGAACACAUUAAGUCAAUGGUCAAAGCCUCCAUCUCGUCCGCCUCCAGCGCAUGUUAGCAAAAGACAACAUCAGAUCUAACCACACAGGUCUCCAUCCACUGAAUCCCAUCUCCCAUAACUACACCAGACAGGCACAAAGCCAAAUACUUUUCACCCCAUCUUCUUCAUCUCCGUAUUCCUCAUCCCCCUCACCUGCAACACACUCCAAAAAUAGUACUAUGGCACACCAAACCACCCGCAGGCGCAUCUUAGCAUCCCCAGAACCGCCUCCCAAUCCGUCAUCCAUGGAUCCCACCCUCAAAAAUCUCACCAAACCCACCUCAAGCCACCCGACUACCAAAAACCCAGAUCACAUAAUUCCUUCUAAACCUUUCUACAUGUCAAACCCCUUGUCAAAACUCAACCCAAAUCGUAAACCUAGUACAAUUACCCAGAAACCCACCAAGAAUCCACCCCCUCCUUGUGUAGACACCCAUUUGCAAGCUAAAUCCUUGACUCUUUCAGCUGAUUUUGAUGGCUCCAGGCUUUCAAUCAUCAAGCCAAAGCACCAGUACCCAAAAAAAAUGGAAUCAAUAGCGGAUAAAGAGAGCAGAGUCGAAGCAACAAAGGAAGGUUCUAAUGAGAAGAUCAAGAAAGUAUCAUCUAUAGGGUCGGUGGACAAGAAGAAAUUUCAAGAAAUUCUAGUGAAAGAAAAGAAGAAUGAUAAUAAGGAAGUUAAGGAUCUAAUUGAAGGGCUUGAUAUUAAGAGGAUGACAAUUUCAUUAGGUGGUGGCAGAAGAAGAUCCUUCUGUGGCUCACAAGUGGAGUUGGCUGAUUUUCUAGCUCAUAAUGGGGCUAAAGUUGUCUCAGUUGAUAUGCCACCAUUUAUGCAGAUCCAUGCUGUUGAUUGUGCAAGAAAGACUCAUGACAGUCUUGAAAAGUUCACCUCCAAGACCCUUGCACUCACUCUUAAGAAGGAAUUUGAUGGGGUUUAUGGGCCGGCAUGGCACUGCAUUGUGGGGACAAGUUUUGGAUCCUUCGUGACUCACUCAGUUGGAGGGUUUCUGUAUUUCUCAAUGGAUCAAAAGUUGUACGUUCUCUUGUUUAAAACUACAGUACAAAGAGCAGAGUAAAUCAUUCAACUGGAUGAUUUGGAAGUUGAAGCCUUUCUAGAAUAGAUAGGUUAGUGAAGCUAAAAGACAAAAGCAGUUGUUGUCCCUUUUGCAACUUGUAUAUUGUUUUUGCUUAGGAAAAGCAGUAUAUGAUAUGAAAAUUUCACCUUU